UUCAUUUUGUUCACUCACUCAGAGCCCAUACGUAUUAGCAUACGCAUCGUCGUUAACUCGAAUUUUCUGAGUCACGUUGGAAUGUGACUUUUCCAUAUACGUAAAUCUAGAUUUAUAAUCUCGGCCGUGGAUUGUACACACAAAAAGGUGUGACUACUGCUGCCAUCGUCUCUUUGCUGCCUGCCGUCUUUACACACACCUCAAGCAAAAAUGGCAUCUGGAGUGAAAGUCGGCGACGACGUGAAAGAGAUGUUUGAGAAGAUGAAACUCAACAAACAAAGUGAUGACCGCAUACGUGUGAUGGCGCUGGAAAUCGAAGACAGCUUGAUUCGAGUUACAGAUGUCAUCAGGCAAAAGGACAUAGAGCAAAACACAGAUGCCUUUGAAAUAUUCAAAAAAAUAAUGCUCACCAAAAACUGCUGCUACAUGGUCUACGACUGCCACUACGAGAAAUGCGAACAAGGAGGACAAGAAGAUCUCGUCUUCUCCAUGUGGACACCGGACAGCGCGGCUAUCAAAUCAAAAAUGAAGUACGCCAGCUCGAAAAAUGCCCUUAAGACUGUCCUAAAAGGUGUGAAGCAUAUGCUGCAGUUAAACUCCCGUGAAGAUAUUGAAUCGAUUGACGAUCUUGCCAAGAAACUGGGAGGACGUGUCCUAUCGAUUGAGGGCAAGUGCUGCGAAGGAACUUAAACAGCAGAAAAGUACACACUUCCCAACAUCUUUUUAUUUUUUUCUUUGUAAAUGUUUCAACACAUUUUACAGAUUGGGGUUUGGGCUUUGGAUGGGGUUAGUACCCUACCAAAUAGUCGGAGUCAUUUUCCAAGUCAUUCAGUUUUUUUUUUUUUUUUGGUGGUUUAGUUGCAGUUUAGAAUAACCAUAAUCUCUUUAGAAAUUUGGUCAUGUACAUAAAACACGCUCACUGCAUGCAGCAUCGUCCAGCGAUCAGACUUGACUGUAACACUUUGCUAUUUACUUGUGGGGAAAAUGUCAAUGUAUUGCCAAAAAAGAAAUAAACCAGUAUCAAACA